UCGCCACUGAGAACCCGGCCUGAGGGGGCGGGGCAUCCCAGGAUUGGCGAGUCGGGAGCUGUCUCCCGUCGUGCACCGGGGCACUGGCGACUCACCCGGAAGGAGAAGCCGGGACUGGGGCUCUGUGGUGGGGCGCUGGCUGAGUCGCAGUGGGGUGCUGAUGGUGUUGUGAGGAGUCAGCCUGGAUCAUUUGUUGGCAGUACAUAUUGGCUGAAGUCAGUUUUCAUUUCAAGAUGUUUUCUUCCAGUGGGCUUUUGAAGUAGGAUGUUGGAGAACCAAGAGCAGGAGGAAGUAAUCACUGUUCGUGUUCAAGACCCCCGCAUACAGAAUGAGGGCUCCUGGAAUUCUUAUGUGGAUUACAAGAUAUUCCUCCAUACAAACAGCAAAGCAUUUACUGCCAAGACUUCCUGUGUACGACGCCGCUAUCGAGAGUUUGUAUGGCUGAGGAAGCAGUUACAGAGAAAUGCUGGUUUGGUGCCUGUACCUGACCUUCCUGGGAAGUCCACCUUCUUUGGCAGCUCAGAUGAGUUCAUUGAAAAGCGACGACAGGGUCUGCAGCACUUCUUGGAGAAGGUUCUGCAGAGCGUAGUCCUUCUGUCAGACAGCCGGUUGCACCUCUUCCUGCAAAGCCAGCUCUCCGUGCCUGAGAUAGAAGCUUGUGUUCAAGGCCGAAGCCCCAUGACUGUGUCUGAUGCUAUUCUUCGCUAUGCUAUGUCGAACUGUGGCUGGGCCCAGGAAGAGAGGCAGAGCGACUCUCACCUGGCCGAAGGAGACCAACCUAACAAUUGCUGCUUUCUUCCAAGAUCAGGGAGGAGGAGCUCGCCCUCGCCUCCUCCCAGUGAAGAGAAGGACCAUUUAGAAGUGUGGGCUCCUGUGGUUGACUCUGAGGUUCCAUCUUUGGAAAGUUCCACACUGCCACCCCUCUCCUCACCGUCAUGCUGUGAUUUUAUAAGAUCAGACGAGGGACCCUCCACUCCCCAACCUGCGAGGAAGACUAUGGCUGGGGACCACACUGUGCUUUUGGACCCUGGUGCGCUAGACACAGUUUGGGAAAAGUGAGCUCUACCCUGAGUUCUGGGUUCUACUUUGAGGUGGCCAGGUGGAGAUGCAGGCCAGGCGGGACUGGGCACAGGGCAGGUAGAAGGGAGAGGUUGGUCUGCUUUGCGUCUUGAAGUUACCUCUGCUGAGAUCAGGUGCACAGAGUUAGGCUGUGACUGCCGCUCAUGCCUCCUCCAUAGGAACAGAUACUGAGCAGGCAUUUGUAAGUGACAGAAGGGCUCACAUGCUACUGGUUCUGAAUCCGACUCUGUUUUUCCUCUCCUGGAAAUUGAAUUUUUUCAGGUGUGUUUAUAAGCUCAGGAGCACCACCAAACUCAGGUGACUGGUUUUGGGGACAUGUAUAUGGCAGGUUCUCAGGUGCC